UACUUGAAAUGGAAACAUCAUCUGAAAUAAAAUAAAAAAGAUUGAAUGGGCCAUGACCUGAAUCGAGAACUGUACGGAGAAAUAACCUUUUAACAAAUAAAUUAUAGUCGUAAAUAGAUGCAGCGAUGUUUGACAGUGUGGCGGGAUUCCAUCACCUGGGGCCAUUAAUAAAUAGCGCGUGCGUCUGCUUUGACGCAUUCAAUGACAUCGUGGUACGGACUUGAUUGUGUGAAAAUACAGAUAUUUUUAGUGGAUAAACUUUUCGAUGAUUCAAAAUAACAAGAUGUCGUAAGCCUUGUUGUAACAUCCGCCCGGGGGCUGUCAGACAAAAUGUUGAAAAACAAAAGACUCACUAAGCAUCUAUCAUUAGCUUCAAGCGACAAAAUGGUGGGAGAGUUUGUACUUAGAUCCGCCACAGAGGUCAACAAGCUGCUAUGGUACACCUUCAACACACUGGUGGACUCGCACGACGGCACCGCGCACAUAUCCACACUGAAGGUAUUGAUAUCAAGUCUUGGGAGAGUUUUGGGAUUUCAAAAAUCAGAAGAGCUUCUGAAUAUUGAAGGGCGAACAAACAUAGACUUUCCUCUAUUUUGUGAUAUCAUCGACCAUGAACUUUUACAAGUCAUCAGAAAUGCGCCCCCUACCGACAGUGUGGAGGACCCGUAUGAACUGUACCGGCUGUGUUGGAAUAUCUAUCAUGACCAUCACUUCACAAAAUCGGAGUUCAAUCUCUACAAAACAAGUGAACAAAAUCUUUUCAAAAUGUGGAUGAUUUUUAUUUUGUUGUCUGAAGACAAUGAAAACGGUGUUCCAAGUGGACCCCCGGAAAUCGACCGAGAGGAAAUGGCCAUCUUGUUCCGGUCUUUUGUGUCAAUAUCCGGUCUGACAGUACUCGAAGACAAGAUCCAAGAAUUAGAAGCGGCCUCAGGGAAUUUAAGAUUUGUCGAGUUUAAGGAUAUGUUCAUUGGUCUAUUCGGUUCCCAAUUAGGAGAUAGCGAUUUCGAAUAUUACCUUACCAAAGUCUUUGAGCUUUAUAUCAACGAUAUUUUUCAAAAGGGCAUGCUCUGUAAGAGGGGUUACCAGGUGAAACAUUGGAAGGACCGCUGGUUUGUCCUGAGGAAGAACUGCCUUAAGUACUACACGAACAUGCAAGAGAAGGAACUGAAGGGCUGUAUUAACAUCGUAAAGGACUGCAGGAUAGAGGUUGUAUCGGACAAGGGUGGAACCAAGCCCAACCGCUUCAUCAUCCACACCAGCUCCAAGCCGUACGAGUGUAGCGCCGCCGACAGUCGAACACGCGCCGAGUGGGUCUCAGCUUUAAACCUGGCCAUCGGUAAGUGCGAGGACCCGGAUUUCCACUACCACAAACAUCAGUCCAAACAGAGGCAGGCCAAACGGCGGGAGAAGAAGAAACGGGAACAGGAAGAGGUGCAGAAGAAGAUGGAGGACGAGGAAACGCUCCGACGUCUACAGGAGGAGUACAACGAGCGCCAUCGACAGGAUGAACUGCGUCUCCAAGAACAGAUCGAGGCCCUGGAGGCUGAGAAGCUUGCGCGGGAGGAUUUGGAAUCUCGGCUGCUGAAGGAAGCGGCGCUGAGAGAAGUUGAGAAGCGUCGUAUGCGAGAGCUAGAGGAAGUGAAGAGAGAACUACAGCGCCUCCUAGAGGAGGAGAGGCAAGCCAAACGUGACGAGGAGAUCGUCCGUCAACUGCAGGCAAGUCUGCUAGAAGAGGAGUCCCAGAAACGCGAGGAGCUGGAGAGACUUCGUCACGAGCAGGAAGAACUACUGAGACAGGAGCGACAGGAGAGGGAGGGACUGGAGGGGGUGAGGGAGAAACAGGAGAGUCUCCUGAGGGAGGCCCAAGACAGGCUACAGCAGCUGGAGGUGGAGAGACAGGCGGCCAACGCGGAGCUCCAGGAAGCAUCGAGUAAACUGGAGAGGGCCGAGAAAGACCGCAUCAUCGCCGAGGCCAAAAUGAAGCUGUGGAAAACGCCCACCAUAGGAUUAGCUCGGCCGGUGCUCCCUAAAUAUGACCCCUUCAUAACUCACCGCGGGGAGGGCGCGUUCUGCGACAAAGACUUCAAGAAGAGAAGUGUGGGAAAAGAGCAUCUUGACGAAGAGACAAAAGAGAGUGGGUCUGAACAAACAAACAAUGUAUCCGAAAAAAGUGGAGAAAAAUAUACAUCGGAAAACCAUGUUGGCAUAGAUGAGGUAGAAAAUACUAGAUCUGAAAACCAUGUUGAUGCAGAUGGGGUAGAAAAAAAUAAAUCAGAAAAAACUGUUGAUGUGGAUGAGGUAGAACGCGUUGAACCUAAAAACCAAGUUAAGGUGAGCGAGGUGGAACCAACGGCAGACGACAAUGGUUCGAGUGACGACAAACUUAAUGAUGACGUCAGUAAUGACGUUGAUAAGAAUAUUGAGAUUCCUGAAAAACCUAAAAGAAGGGGACUCUCCGAUUCACAAAAUAAGGCAUUGGAAAACCACGUGACCGGAGAUACGUCACUGGAGACAGAGUUACGAAUCGUUGAAUAGCAAAGAGGACCUGUGUAUAUAAAUUGUCUUUGUAGUAAAUUAUAUAUUUUCAUUAAAUUAUUUCUAAAAUGAAUAUAACUUUACAUU